UGCCUUGCUCCGCCCCUUGCCGCUCCGCAACCACGUGCUCCUGCCCAAUUAGAAAGGCGGGAGGCGGAGUCUCAGCUCUGUGCGGUCUUCUUGGGAAAGAGCGAGCGAUUCUUUCACCGGAAGUACCCCAGGCUGGGACCUCCGGUGUGGAGCGGAUGUUCAGCGAUGUAUCCGGCCCCAUGGGAGAGGCGAACCAGUCGAGAGUCUCUGAGUUCCUCCUCCUGGGGCUCUCCAGGCAGCCCCAGCAGCAGCAGCUCCUCUUCCUGCUCUUCCUCACCAUGUACCUGGCCACAGUCCUGGGAAACCUGCUCAUCCUCCUAGCCAUCAGCGUGGACUCCCGCCUGCACAUCCCCAUGUACUUCUUCCUCUGCAACCUGUCCUUUGUGGACACCUGCUUCUCCUCCACCACUGUCCCCAAGGUGCUGGCCAACCAUGUACUCGGGAGCCAGACCAUUUCCUUCUCUGGGUGUCUCACACAGAUGUAUUUUGUUUUUAUGUUCAUGGACAUGGACAAUUUCCUCCUGGCUGUGAUGGCCUAUGACCGCUUUGUGGCUGUAUGCCACCCCUUACACUAUUCAGUGAAGAUGACCCCCCAGCUCUGCGCCCUGCUGGUCACUGGGUCAUGGGUCACUGCCAGUCUGGAUAUGCUCUUGCACACCCUGCUGAUGGCUCGACUCUCCUUCUGUGCAGACAAUGCCAUCCCCCAUUUCUUCUGUGAUGUGACCCCCCUCCUCAAACUCGCCUGCUCUGACACACACGUCAAUGAGGUGAUGAUACUGUCUGAGGGUGCCCUGAUCAUGAUCACCCCGUUCGUUUGCAUCCUGGCUUCAUAUGUCCUUAUCACCUGUGCUGUCCUGAGGAUCCCAUCCACAAAGGGGAGAUUGAAAGCCUUCUCCACCUGUGGCUCCCACCUGGCUGUGGUGUUCCUCUUCUAUGGCACCAUCAUAUUUCUGUAUUUCAACCCUUUGUCCUCCCACGCAGCUGAGACGGAUGUAGCAGCUGCUGUGAUGUUCUCUGUGGUGACCCCCAUGCUGAACCCCUUCAUCUACAGCCUGAGAAACCAGGACAUAAAAGGGGCUCUUGGAAAAGUGAUUGCCAUGAAAUUUUUUUCUGCUCAGUAAUGAAAUGGGCUAAGAAAAUCACAGAGGGAACUAAUUUCUAAGAAAAUUAUAUUUUUAUUUUUUCCAUCAUGUAAAACUUAAAAUUUGUCUUUUAAUCUUGAUACUAGAAACCUAUAUCCUGAUCUUCCACUUACAUAUUAUAAUAGUCUUUCUAAAUUUCUGAAUAGUCUCCACAAUAUUUUCCUUCCCUUUUGUAUUUCCAUCAAGUCGCUCUAGCAAAGUAAACUCACUAGUCACCCUGUUACUGAAUUAAAACAUAAAGGAAGUUUUACUAUUUAAAAGUACAACUUUAUA